AUGGCAUUAGCCGGAAACCGGUUCCUCUAUCACGGGGUUUCCUGCGAACUGCUCAGGCCACUAUAUCCGGAGAAUUCGUUCUUGGUCAGCGUUGUGUCCUUGCUGCUAUACUUCGUAGUGUUGCUCUUCUGGAAGCCAUCGCAGAGGAUUUUCGUGGAUGCCUUCUGCAUCGAUCAGGCCAACCCGCGACGCUUUGGGCUUGGCCUCGUGAGCAUUGGUGCAUUUCUCAGGGCCUCAGAUUCUCUUGUUGUCUUCUGGGAUCCGUCGUGGAGCCGUCGCCUUUGGUGUGUCUUCGAGCUGGCCGCAUUCAUGCAUAGUCGCAAAGCCGAUGGGAGGAAGGUGAAGCUGACUAUCAGGCCAACGCUGCUGGGCCCCUUCUUCAUCUCCUUGCCCAUCGCCCUAUCCUAUGUGAUGCUCGCACUCACAUUCUUCCCCAGCAAAGAGCACCUCGAAGGGACAGAUCCCGGCUUCCUGCGUUAUUUCGUUCUGUGGCCGUCAAUUGGGCUGUUCAUUUUGACUGGCUUCUCCUGGUCUUCGAUCAAGUUACGAGCAUACUUCCGUUAUGUGCAGGCGCUAGAGAAGGAUAUUGGGCAGUUUGUCGCCGACAGCAGCUCAUCCUACUGCUGCAGUGUGGAACAUGUGUCUCCGGGGGGAAAACCCCUCACUUGUGAUCGCCGGGUCAUCUUCCAGUGCAUCACGCUUUGGUUCGGCAGCAUCGAGAACUUUGAAGCUCAUGUACGAACAGAUGUUCUGCAAUGCCUGCAAGAACAGCUUUCCAGAGAGGUUUUCACGUACAAGCAGAUCGCUGUUUCAGCUCUGCCGAUGCUUUGGCAUUACAUGGACGCAGCUGCCACGGCUCACUCUGAUCAGCUAUCGCGAGGGGAGGAGCCAAGUGGGGCGGCUUUGCAAGAGCUCGUUCGAGGUUUAGGCUGGGCGUUUGGCGUGGUGCCUGCGACGAUGCUUAUCGGAAUCAGGCUCUCAUACGUGUUGCAAAGCAGACGGACCUGGAUGGUGUGUGAUCUGAUGGUCAACCUCUGCGUCAUGGCAGUUGUCGUCCUCUUUGUCUUUGGAGCUCUGGUUUUCGAGCAGUGGACAGUCAUCUUCAGUGCUACCAUGCUCGUGAUCGCGGGGAUGCUUGCCACGAUCAGGGGGAUGCAGAGACUUGUGGAAGGUCUCUUGAUCGGGGUGACGCAGACGCCUCGAGGAUAUGAAGUACUCCUGCGGCGCCUAGGCGGGCACAAGCGGGGCAGACGCUUCGUGGUGCACGAGUUAGAAGGAGGGACCUUUCUUUGCGGCCACUUCUUCGUUGACUGUGAGCAGAGCUCACCGCAGUCGAUCUUUUGGAGGCAGCAGAAAGACCCCAAUGAGGUCUCCCAGUGGGUGCGGCCCGAGCCGGCGGAGGAUUUCCUGACGGUAUGGGAGACUGUCAAGAUUCCGGAAGAGAUGGCUCCCAACGGAAGGUUCCUGCUUCGAUGUCCGUUCUGCGACCGCGAAGUUCAAGCUUCUCAGGCUCAGAAGAGAAAAUCGCUGAGUGGCUUCAGAGCCCUGGCGCGGCAUGUGGAGGCAGAGCAUCAGCUGCCUCUUAGCCACGGCUUCUGCUCAAAAGUGGACUUCCUUCAACGCUUCCUCCAACGAGCGGCGAGAACGCAGGUUAACGAAGGUCAGUGGGUUCUUGACAUUCUGGCCGAUCACUUCGAAGAAGAUCCCUGGGUGCUGCUCUGCGCCUGCUGCAUGCUCGACGAGCUCGGCCGCACGGACUGGGCCCAACAACUUUGCUGGCAGCAUCGUGAGUUGCUGGGGGCAUCGAUCAGACAUGUCCCGGGCUGUGGGUAUCUUUGCAGCCCCAGCAUUCUGAUGGCCAAGCGGGAGGACAAGUUCGGGCCGGUAGAAGAGGGAUGCCUGUGCCUGCCGGGGGAGGUUUCUGUAACCUUUGUGGAUACCGAGGAGGCUCUGGCAACUGUGAUCGAGAGCUUCCCACUGGAAGACAUGAUUGGCGUCGAUUGCGAGCACAGCGGAUGGAGCAAAGAUGCUCGUAUCUCCUUGCUGCAACUUGCCGUGCCCACGGCGGUCUUCGUGAUCGACAUUCUUGCACUUGCCCGCAGCGCGACUUUGGGACGUUUGUCGCCUCUGCUCAGUUCCGCAGGAGAGGUGCUUGCUUUCGACUUCCUACGAGAUUCUUGUCUGCUUGAGCAAGCCGGCCUGAUGGGAUGCAAACCUCGGGAUCUGCGGAGUCGCACAGAUGGAGGCUUGAAGAUGCUGGUUCACGAGGCUUUGGGCGCAAAGCUUUGCAAAGCUGAGCAGUGCAGUCGAUGGGCGCGCAGGCCUCUGAGGGCCAGUCAGCUGCACUACGCUGCCCUCGAUGCCUGGGUGCUGAUCCCCUGUGCAGAACGUUUGCGAUGA